AUGUCUCCAAGGAUCAACAACGACCAAGAGCUUGUCUCUCUCACACACCCCAGACAGACCUCCAUGGUCUCAGGACUAUCACAAAUGGCCCCCAGAACUUUCCAGGAUGAUGAUCUCUCGAGCCAAGACACUGCAUCUCUGUGCUCUUUGCCUUCAACCCAAGGAACCAUUCCGGACUUGAAAGAAUGGAAUAUGAAUUCAUCAGAGUCCAUUGAACAGGCCAUGUCUUCCAAGGAUUCUCCACAGGUGCAAAUGCUUUCUUUUUCUCUAUCGCAACAACUCAUGACAUCUACUGUCGGGCCAAGUGAGGUGAUGUACGCGGGCGUAGACUUCCCAGCAGUCUCAGACCACGACAUGCACCGAGACUUCUACAGCUUUGUGGAUCUGUCUUCCAUGGACAAUGAUGUGUGUGGCCAAACGAGUACUCCAGAUGAUGCUCAAUCCGUGGCGCUCAGUGCCCACACUGACGACGGUCACUUCAUCGCUGGCCACGAGUCAUGGAAUGCUAUGAUGGCUGAUGGCCAAUACCCCGGAAAUUCCCUGGAUCAACUUUCGGCCAAUCUUUACCAGACCAUGCCGGUCUCCCCUCCCUUGACGGAAGCUAGUAAUGAUAUCCCCAUCACUUCUGCUUGCUCGCAAUCAGGAUUCACAUCCUUCUUUGCCCCUGAUGAUUCCUUCCUGGGAGAAUACACCACGUCCCCGAUGGGAAACCCACUAAAUCCAGCGGAACCUCUGUUCCCCAUCUCAACGCCUCUCAGCGAGAAGGACCCCAACCGAACAAUUCGACAGGCUAAGCCAUCUCGUCGUGGAACAUUGCCAGUUGGCCCAUCUCAGGUCAAGUCCGACCAGGAAUUCUUCCCAUCCCUGCCCGCCAGGGAGCCAACUCGCCCCAAGUCCAAGGACAGUGUCGAGGCCCGUAAUCCCCGAGACCACCACUUCUACCAUCUGGCCCCUCAAAAUGAUGGGAAAUACUACUGCCCCUUCGCUUCUGGCGAAAAGCCCUGUUCUCACCCUCCCACUACUCAGAAGUGUGCUUACCACAAAUACUUGGACUCCCACCUGAAGCCCUACCGUUGCAAGCAUGCCUCCUGCGUGGACAACAUGCUACGAUUUUCUUCCAAUGCCUGUCUCUUCCGCCACGAACGUGAAGCCCAUGGAAUGCACGGCCACGGGGAAUGCCCUCAUUUGUGCCUGUUCGAGGGAUGCGAGCGAUCGGUCCCUGGAUUCGGAUUUCCCCGUAGAUGGAAUCUCCAUGACCACAUGAAGCGUGUCCACGACUAUGUCUCAUGUGAGCGCCCAUCAUCACAACCUACCUCUCAGGCUGGCUCGCAACCUAGCUCUCCUGAAGCUGUUGUGCCCCCUGUACCAACGAAGAAGAAGGACUCGUCAUCAUCGAGCCGUAAGCGUCGGGGAGUGACGGAUGCCACCCCUGCUCCGACAAUGAAGCGCACCCGCUCGGUUCACUCCCAGUCCACCUCGGCCAAGGCCUCCCAGGCGUCUGCUCAGAAUGCCCAGCGUCUCCAGAACGCUGAGCGCAACUACUACAAAUGCCGCUCUCGACUCCUAGACGAGUUGACGAAGAUCACCCCUCAGGAUAUUUCCCUCCACGAAAAGGUGAACGCCAGCUUGCAGGAACUGUACACCCUCGGUCUGCAAUACCGCCAUUUGGAGGCUGGACACGCCGUUUCUCGGAUUUCCAGUGGAAUGCCCGUGUGA